GGCCGAUGGCAGCAGCGGCGGCCGCGGCGGCGCAGGGCUGCGGGCGAGGGGCGGAGCGCAGAGACCCUGUGGCUGCCAUGGCCGCCUCCCCCUCCCCGCAGCCUCCCUUAAAUACUAUGGGGCCGUAGCUGCGACGGGCGCCGCUGCCGAGCGCACCAUGCGGGCUGUCAUCGCCUUGGCCGCGGCGCUGGGCAGCCUGCUGCUGGGAGGCUGCCUCCUGCGCCUGGGCGGCCAGCAGCCCCUCCGCGCCAGGGGCUGGCAGGAGGACGCAGGAGUAGCGGCUGUCACGCCGAAAGUGGUGCGAGCCCUCAGGUCUCCCCUGACGCCCCUUCCCCACACCGAGAACAGAACAACUCAUAAUAAAAAUGGAAUUUACCAGUUUGAACAGGCUUCAAAAUGUAAGGCAAUUCAGGACAACAUUUUGUCAUCAUCUAUCAAGAAGAAAAGAUACUCAGAAGAUUAUUAUCUUCACAUAGUCACAAAACUGCAGAACUGCACCUGGGUAAGGAAACCAGAAGAAUCUACAAAAUUCAGGUCAGAAUUAGCUUCCUGCUGUGAUGCAGUUCACAAUUUUAUUGCUUCUCAAAACAACAGCCCACUGGGAAGUAACAUGAGUUAUGAAGUGGACAGUAAAAAGACUAUUCUCAUUACACAGGACAUUUUUAAGAUGCUGCCUGUGUCCUCUCCUCUUUCAGUCUAUCCCUUCAAGAACUGUGCUGUGGUUGGAAAUGGAGGCAUUCUGAAAAAUUCCAGCUGUGGAGCUGAAAUCGAUAGUUCUGACUUUGUGUUCAGGUGUAACCUCCCUCCAACCACAGGAAACAUUAGCAAAGAUGUUGGCAAUAAAACAAACCUUGUGACUGUUAAUCCGAGUAUCAUAGCUCAGAAAUACAACAAGCUAAAUGAAAAGAAGACAGAAUUUCUGGAAAACAUUGCGGUCUAUGGAGAUGCUUUUCUUUUACUGCCAGCAUUUUCCUUCAGAAGCAACACAGCCACUUCUUUUAAAGUAUACCACACUCUGAAAGAGUCCAAAGCAGCCCAAAGGGCAAUAUUUUUUCACCCCACUUAUCUGAAAAGUCUUGCCCAGUUCUGGAGAACUAAGGGUGUGAAGGCCUACCGGUUGUCAUCUGGUUUUAUGAUCACUAGUGCUGCCCUUGAGCUGUGUGAGAAUGUGAAGCUCUAUGGCUUCUGGCCUUUCUCAAAAUCCACAGAGAAGAUGCCAAUCAGCCACCACUAUUAUGACAACCAGCUGCCUAAACCAGGUUUCCAUGCAAUGCCCAAAGAAUACAACCAGAUCCUUCAGCUUCAUGGCAAAGGCAUUUUGAAGUUGCAGUUUGGUAAAUGUGAAUCGGAGUAAAAAGGGUGAUGAUCCUAAGGAGACAAUUUGUGUAUAUCCCAGCAGUUUGGUCUUGGAUUUGACCUGAUGUGAUUUUGUGAGCAUUAAACUGCAUAUAAUACAGUUCUGCAACAGUGCUACAAUAGAGAAAUAUUUUACACUUGGGGAGAAAAGGGAGUGAUUUUUUCACACAGUGACUGCUACAUUUAAAAAGUUUUGAGUGAUAAUUUUUUAAAAUACAAAGUAACAAUUAUUUGAAAAAUUCUGAAACUCCUUUCUGCUGGUUUAAUGGUAGCAAAGCACAAUCUCAGGAUGGUGGCAAUAUGUGACAUUCAUCAUGUUUUGCUUCUAGAGGAUCAUUAAAAUAUUUUGAC